AUGGUCCCUGAACAGCCCUCGUGGUCCCUGGCCAAAGAGUACCACAGCCCUCGUGGUCCCUGGCCAGAGUACCACAGCCCUCGUGGUCCCUGGCCAGAGUGCCACAGCCCUCGGGGUCCCUGGCCAAAGAGUGCCACAGCCCUCGUGGUCCCUGGCCAAAGAGUGCCUCAGUCCUCGUGGUUCCUGGCCAGAGUACCACAGCCCUCGUGGUCCCUGGCCAGAGUGCCACAGCCCUCGGGGUCCCUGGCCAAAGAGUACCACAGCCCUCGUGGUCCCUGGCCAAAGAGUGCCUCAGUCCUCGUGGUCCCUGGCCAGAGUGCCACAGCCCUGGGGGUCCCUGGCCAAAGAGUGUCACAGCCCUCGUGGUCCCUGGCCAAAGAGUGCCUCAGUCCUCGUGGUCCCUGGCCAGAGUACCACAGCCCUCGUGGUCCCUGGCCAGAGUGCCACAGCCCUCGGGGUCCCUGGCCAAAAGUACCACAGCCUUCGUGGUCCCUGGCCAAAGAGUGCCUCAGUCCUCGUGGUCCCUGGCCAGAGUGCCACAGCCCACGGGGUCCCUGGCCAAAGAGUACCACAGCCCUCGUGGUCCUGGCCAAAGAGUGCCUCAGUCCUCGUGGUCCCUGGCCAGAGUGCCACAGCCCUCGGGGUCCCUGGCCAAAGAGUGCCUCAGUCCUCGUGGUCCCUGGCCAAAGAGUGCCUCAGUCCUCGUGGUCCCUGGCCAAAGAGUGCCACAGCCCUCGUGGUCCCUGGCCAAAGAGUGCCACAGCCCUCGUGGUCCCUGACCAAAGAGUGCCACAGCCCUCGUGGUCCCUGGCCAAAGAGUGCCACAGCCCUCGGGGUCCCUGGCCAAAGAGUGCCACAGCCCUCGUGGUCCCUGGCCAAAGAGUGCCACAGCCCUCGGGGUCCCUGGUCAAAGAGUGCCUCAGUCCUCGUGGUCCCUGA